GCACAUGCGCAGUUGCGCUCAUAACGAAGACGGCUACGGCGAACGGAUAAGACCAUAAGACGAGCUACAUUUUCUACUCUUUUUCUCCUGAUUCUUCGACUUAUCUGUUUGAUAUUGCUUUAGUGGUGAUAUUUUUGAAUUUUGAAAGACCGCUCCCAUUUUUCUUUUUGCUUUUUGAGUAAACCCUCCCCUACAAAGUUAUCAGGAUGAAUCGACCCUAUCAUGGAUCAGGAGGCUACGUCGGUCUCGGUUACCCACCACCAAACACCUUUGCUGUCAGUAACAACACCAACAGCAACGACCUCGCUUCCAAGAUAUCCCGGGUGUUUGUAGGAAACCUCAAUCCAAAGGAAGUGACCGACAGAAUGCAGCUUUACCAUAUAUUCAUUAAGUAUGGUAACGUCAAGGCUAUCUCAUUGCAUAAGGGAUAUGCGUUUGUCCAGUACGAUACAGAAGCAGAGGCACGCUUUGCAGUAGCGGAGGAGAAUGGCAACCUCUUUGGAACACAGAAGUUUGAUCUUUGUGUCUCUACCGAGAGGAAUAAGACUGGUGGAGGAGGUGGGGGAGGUGGUGGAUUCAAGCGAUAUGAUAGCGAUUUUGAUGGUGGGUAUCAGACCGCACAGGCUAAGAAGAGGAGAUUUCAGGAUAAUACAUUGAUGGACAAGAAGAGUGGUGAUGAACCCACAACAUGGAUCUGCUCUUACUGUAAGCACGUAUGUGUUUCAGCUUGGGAAUUGAUGAAGCAUGCUGCUGCCGUUCAUCAAACACAGAUCUACGACCUCAACGGGGCCAAACCCGAAGGAGAAUAAAUAGAUGCACUUCGUUGUAAUGGUCCUUCAAACAGGACGAACAUGUAGGGUGAAUCCAAAAAUAGUCUUAAUAGAAUUAAUUCCCAAAGUCCAUGAGGAUGUCCCAAUAUUCAUCCAGAGAGAAGAGGGUUAAGAAUGGGUGAAUUCGACGCUUGGGGGAAAUGUCCACCAAUCACUCAAUAUAACCUUGAUAGCUGAAUUCUUUAAUUUCCAUAGCUUGCACAAGGACCCCUUGUUUCUAGUCAAAGGGUACAAGUAGAUUCAUCUUACAGUGAUACAAAGACAAUGUUGGCAUGUUGAAUUGAAUUCAUAGAUUGCCAUAUACCUUGUAUAAUUCUGUGUGCUAUUGAUUUGGAAUACAAAUAACUUAAAAAUUGUCUUAUUGUCAUGACUGUGGAGCAGGGAUGUAUUUUAGGGUCCAUGUAUAGAGUCAAAACACCGGGAAAUUUCUCCCACAUCCUACCUGUGACACAUCCCUCCUAUGGAGUCCUUUUAAAAUGAAAAGAAAUUGGUUAUUGAUACAUUUUAAUUUAUGUUUGAUAGAGGCCUACAGUAUGUAUGAAAGUGAUUACUGAAACCAUAUUUAGAUUUAAAAACAUUCAGUUUACCAGCCAGGGCCUAGUUUUUGAAAUCACCAUAAGCCUAAUUUUUUUCAAACAACCCUUAGAAUUAAUAUGCUUUCCUCUGAGAUAUUGGCUAACAUAACAGUCACAUGCUUGUGAAAUGAGGCCCUCGAAUUCAGACCUAUUUUAAGCUUAUUCACAUUGAAAACAAAAUGAUUCAAAUUUUCAAAAUGAUAUGAGGCAAUUUUAUGAAUUGUAACUAAAAACUAAGAUUUAUAAUAUAAUUUCUAAAUUAGUUGAUGUUUAUGUAUUUGGUUUGUUUAAGUGUAUAUUAAUGUAUUGUAAGGAAUAUCACAUUCAGAAUAGAUGAUUGUAUCCCUCUAAAAAUAAUAUUGGUAAAAUUUACAUAAAUAGUGGAGAAAUGGUGUUCCAUGGAAUUCAAUCAGUACUCGGCAAUUUACAUAAGAAAAAUUAAUGUGACAAUUUAGGAAACGUGUUUGUGUUUGUCAGUGAAAUAACCUGCCAAUUCAUGGUUUUUAUUGUCUCACCUGCAUAGCAGAGUGAGACUAUAGGCGCCGCUUUUCCGACGGCGACGGCGGCGGCGGCGUCAACACCAAAUCUUAACCUGAGGUUAAGUUUUUGAAAUGACAGCAUAACUUAGAAAGUAUAUGAACCUAGUUCAUGAAACUUGGCCAUAAGGUUAAUCAAGUAUUACUGAACAUCCUGCCCGAGUUUCAUGUCACAUGACCAAGGUCAAAGGUCAUUUAGGGUCAAUGAACUUAGACCAUGUUGGGGGAAUCAACAUCAAAAUCUUAACCUAAGGUUAAGUUUUUGAAAUGUCAUCAUAACUUAGAAAAUAUAUGGACCUAGUUCAUGAAACUUAUACAUAAGGUUAAUCAAGUAUCACUGAACAUCCUGCAUGAGUUUCACGUCACAUGACCAAGGUCAAAGGUCAUUUAGGGUCAAUGAACUUUGGCCGAAUUGGGGGUAUCUGUUGAAUUACCAUCAUAACUUUGAAAGUUUAUGGAUCUGAUUCAUGAAACUUGGACAUAAUAGUAAUCAAGUAUUACUGAACAUCCUGUGCAAGUUUCAGGUCACAUGAUCAAGGUCAAAGGUCAUUUAGGGUCAAUGAACUUUGGCCAAAUUGGGGUAUUUGUUGAAUUACAGCCAUAAAUUUGAAAGUGUGUUGGUCUAGUUCAUAAAACUUGGACAUAAUAGUAAUCAAGUAUCACUGAACAUCCUGUGCGAGUUUCAGGUCACAUGAUCAAGGUCAAAGGUCAUGUAAGGUCAAAGAACUUUGGCCACGUUGGGGGUAUUUGUUGAAUUGCCAUCAUAUCUCUAUAAGUGUAUUGGUCUAGUUCAUAAAGCGUGGAAAUAAGAGUAACCAAGUAUCACUGAACAUCUUGUGCGAGUUAUAGUAGUUUUCAAAAUCAGCACUGCUGCUAUAUUGAAUCGCGUGAUGCAGGUGAGACGGCCAGAGGCAUUCCACUUGUUCUCAUACUGGGUUGCUUUAUGUUCCUUUAAUGUUCUCUCACUGAAAUCAAGUUAGCUUUUUUCCACUAAAGGUUAUAUUCUGCCUAUUUUUGUCCUUGUUCGUGAAUGAAGGAAGAGUAAUCAUUCCAAGUUUUACUCUUAUUGAUUGUAGGAAUUAGCUCUCUCUGUUCAUGCAGAAUCUUGAUCAUAUAAGAUUUUCAUUUGUAAAUAUAUUUCCUUGUUUCUUUAGUGGGAGAGUAGAAAGAGACCGGAAAAUCUGUAUAUAAUUCGUCAUCGUGAAAGUUGUGAAGUACACAUAUGGCUUGUUGGAAGAGCCAAAUAAAAGCAAAGAUAUUCUUGA